UUACAAGUUGAAACUUAAUUGAAAAUAUAGAUUCUUAAGUUAUAAGUUGAUAUAUUUUACUAUGAAGAGUGUGAUUGUUUGUUUGUUAUUCGUGGGUUUGGCUUUGGCCAAGCCUGCGGGAGAUGAGGACAAUUCGAGAGGGUGUAGAUACAUUAUGGGAAGAUGUGUCGAACAAUGCCCAGUGGGCACCCACGCCUACACCACGGGCUGCAGCUACCUAACCCCAGAAGCAACCUGCGCGAACCCGGACCCCAAACAAGACACACGCGGUGAUAUUUGUGACUUCUCCGCUUGUUACUGCGAUGCGCCCACUGUGCGAGAUGAGAAGACCAACCAAUGCGUUAGUGUUGACCAGUGUACUAAAUAAUGAGCUAGACCUUAAUUAGUUCAAAACUGACAGGUUUAAAAGAAGAUGAAUAAAUUGGUUUUCUUAUCA